GCAUGCAAGAGACGCUCCACGCGGCUGUCUCUCUCGGUCCGUUGGUCCAUCCCGGUUCCCAUUGUCUCCCUUCUUCACUCCUUGAAGACAACCCCGAGACGAAAAAACUAAACUCAGCCGUUAUUCCGCUCAUACCGCCUCGUGUAUGUUACGUUUGGAGACUUUACUCGACCUGAAAUCUCACCCUGUCCCUCUCCAUCCGAAAUAUGGACAUGCUUUUCUGUCUUUAUUUUUAUUUUUUAAAUGUUUUACCGUUAGAGAUGUAUUCGCUGUAACGGGAGGAGGCAGUGAAUGAACCGACCAACGACUGACACAACGUCGGUUGUUUUGUGGAGCUGAAAGGGGGAUGAACCGGAGGAUGAGGACUUGUUAGCCAGCAGAGACGCCGACAACAGCUUCCAGUGGCUGGGUGACAUAUCCCAACAUCCUAGGAACAACUGGACCCAUCAUCAAGUGGAUAAAACACCACAUUCAGGGGAAAAAGGCAAAGAGAGCCUACUGGAUUACUACCGCAGGUUUGGGGAUAAACAACAACACGGUGUUUUUGUUACGGUGUGAAUGAAAGGAUACUUCCCCUGAGAGGAGAGGAGAGGAGAGGAGAGCAGAAGAGAGGAGAGGAGAGGAGAGGAGAGGAGGCAGGGACCACUUUCACUUGUUUUCUCCACCCUGAAACAAAUUAGGCUGUUUCAAUCAGCCACAUCUAGGUGGCGCGUAAUCGGAUUAUUAGACAAAAGAGCAUUUAAUCUGGGGAAUACAUCCAUCUAAUCUCCCUGUCUCUGUCAGAGUUUACAGUCAUCAGUGUUAAGUGGCUACUGUACGGUGCUAAUUUUGUGACAAGGAUGCGACUAAUCCACGUGAUUGGAGACUUUCUAGUCCAGUGCAAGCUGGCUGGUGAAGUAGUCCCUGUGUGGACAUAAUUGGAGAUUUACAGUAAAUUUUUUUCCGCCCAUUGGUCACGAUAGUUUUGUGUAAAGAGACCCACAUUAUCAGCAAUCUGACUUUUUUUUUGACCCAUCAAUCAAAAUGCACCACACCAGCUGAUUUAUCAGACUACCAAACUGCCUUCAGUUGCAGAGGCUUGCCAAAAGUGUUCCUACAGAACAAAGCUCCGUGGACACAUCAAGAAAUAAUUGUGGACUUGAAUCGUCCCCUACGGCCCACCUUCCAUCUUGAUCCCUGGCCCCAUGUAUGUUGGAAAUCCAGGGGACCACGUUUCAGGCUGUUUACCUGUCAGCAACCCGGCCAUUUGAAUGAAGUAGUAGCCUUUUUAUUCCCCUGAGCUCCAGCGAGUACAGGGGCUGCACUGUUCGCUGAGGCCGAGCCGGCGAGAGCCUCUACCUGGGCUGCCAGCCAGACAGCCCUCCAGGGGGAUUUUAGAUUUUGAAGGUCCAGCUGGAGGAUUUGGAAGUUUCACCCAGAGUUUCUUCUCCACGUGGAUCACCGGAGAGAAGGAGGACACCAUGGGGUGCUGUAGUGGCAGGUGUACCUUGGCCUUUAUCUGUGGCAUACAGCUGGUCAGUGUGUUGGAGCGUCAGGUGAUAGAUUUCCUGGGCUACCAGUGGGCUCCCAUCAUGACCAACUUCCUCCACAUCAUCAUCGUCAUUCUGGGCCUGUUCGGCACGAUCCAGUUCAGGCCGAGAUAUGUCACGGGGUACGCAGCCUGGCUGGUCGUCUGGAUGACCUGGAAUGUUUUCAUCAUUUGUUUCUACCUGGAGGUUGGAGAUCUGUCCAGAGACUCUGACCUUGUCCUGACGUUCAACCUGUCCAUGCAUCGCUCCUGGUGGAUGGAGAACGGCCCGGGGUGCAGGGUGACACCCAUCACCCCUCCUCCCUCCUGGGCACCCGAGGACCACCGAUAUAUAUCUAUAUCCGGCUGUCUGAUGGAUUUCCAGUUCAUAGAGGUGGCUCACUCCUCGCUGCAGAUACUCUUUGCUUUGAUGGGGUUUAUCUACGCCUGCUAUGUUGUCAAGCUCAUUUCAGAAGAAGAGGAUAGCUUUGAUUUUAUAGGAGGGUUUGACUCAUACGGUUACCAGGGGCCUCAGAAGACCUCCCACCUUCAGCUACAGCCCAUGUACAUGUCAAAGUAAACCCAGGAGCUACUCGAGAAGCACUGCCUUACCAAUCGCAACUGCUUAACCUCCUGCUUUUAAUACUCCAACCGUCUUUUAAUAAAGAACAACCAAGACAAAGACAAGUAGACAGGAUACAGAAGACACUAACAUAUUCUGCCUUUCAACCUACAAAU